ACUCGCAGCUACGCGCACGACAAAUUUGGGACUUACAUGCUUACGUGUAAUUUCCUCUUCGUUAAUUUCGCGAGAGGACGUGUGCAACUGGGAGACCUCUCUCUUCCGACUCUCGCGUUUCCUUUUUUCCUCCCCCCCUCCCCUCUCUUUCCUCUCCCUCCCCCCUCGGAAAGAAUCCUCAUGCGAUACGUCUUCGAUCGUAGCGUGCGUCAAGAUGCGCGUUGAUUGAUCGCAAUCGCGAGGACUGACCGAGGCAACUUUGAAGUUUUAUUCUUCCUCUUUCAAACUCUUCUGCUCGUUCGUGCUUCCAAUUUAAAACUUGCAUUUGCGAUCCACUAAAUCCAUAUUUGUUUUCAAAAGUUUAUAAGAUCAAUUAAAAAAGUUUAGUCGUGAUGUUUGAUACGUAUGUAUAUCUAAUUUGCAAAGUACUACAGAUUUAAAAUUGCAUCUUAUUUGGUUACUCAAGUAGGUAAAUGGAACUUUCAAACAUGAAUGUGGGUUCAGUGGAUACAGGCGUUAUUUGGCAGAUCCAGGACUGAAUUUCCUACGGGCUAGUUUCACCAACGUCGAUUAACGCAAACCGUGAUUGACUGAGGGUUGGCUGUACUAACGUCGCUUAGGUUCUGACAUCGGUUAAGUCAAUUUUCUCUCUCCCUGUUCAUAUCGUAGGUAGAACUAUGAUCUACAAAGAGAUAGCCAUCGCUGAGCCAGAUUUGCUCGACCUACAUGAUUGAUGCAAUUCGGCUCAACUUCGUUCUCCAUCUACCUUACAGAGAGAAUGAAUGACGUGAUGAUUAGUAUAAUCAGGGAAUAUUUCCAGAGAAUAUUCCCAUCGACAACACGUCAAAUUAUAUUCUGUAUUACAACUGACACAAUCAGCAAAAAAAAGGAUUAAUUAAACUAUGGUUAGCGUUAAUCAACAAGCCAGUGAAACUCGCUUUUUGAAACUUGGCUGUCUUCAGCCUCGAAAUAAACGGUCGACAGCGGAAUCGUCCGUCCACUUUCCCGUUCUCUUUUGUACGCUGUUGGUUAUGGUGUAUAACUUGUUGCUCGCAGGCAAACAAACGUGCAGUGACCGCGGAUUGCAAUUUUACAUCUUCGAACCGGUCAUCGAUAGCAGAUUGCCAUGCUUGCUUUCGGAGAAGCCUUUUUUCUAUAAUUCCCCGUCUCCGUUCGAUACAGCAAUAAAAAUGAAGACCCGUCGACACACGUCUGUUAUUCAGAAGUGAUAGAGGAUGAGAGAAAAAUCGAGGCAAAGAGAAAGAAAAGGAAGGAUAGAACAGAAAUAUCGUAAAGGAUAUACGGUAUCCCGAUCGUAUCCUACUGUCGGCCAAGCUUCCUCGUUAUUUGCGGCUUAGGAUGGCUGUGGAGCAAACAUAGCCGUCGCCACCAUUCUCCGAUAUUUGCCACUGCGAUUAUCCCCUUUUCUCUCACAAGAUCAUGGAUAUUCGUCGCGACGAUCUCCCUCGAUCUCCGAGCUGAGAACUCGAUUGCUAGCCGAUUAUCGCCACCGGCGGAACAGAGUAAUGAUCAGAUGAUUUAAUCAUUUACUGCACCGGCGAGAAUCACCGAGAUGCUAACGCGCUAACGGAGGGAAAACUUGCUACAAAUCAUCGUCGCAAAAAUCAAGCACGAUGUCGUCGUUGCGAUAUACCACCAUCUCGUUGUUGUCCCAGCAUCGUUAACACCGAAGACGGUCUUGUGAUAAAUUUCCAGCACAUAGCGAAAUAAAUUGCAUCGUGGAUCAUCAGACAUACGUACGAAAGGACUGACAUCCCACAAAAAAAACCAGCAACCUCAAAGUCCAUGGAGUCUCGGAGCAGAAAAUUGCGCAAAAUGGGGACUAUGAGAAAUUCUGAAAUAGAGAUGGAAGUGUAUGAGGGGAGUAACCGGCGUUUAUCGGCCAGGUAUUGACCCUGCGUCUAUCAAAAACGAAAAAAGCUUCGGAUCCGCUCUAACGAAGACAGACUAUGAUACAUUAUUUAAUCAGAUGAUAAAUAGCGAACACUGAAGACGGAAAAUACACUUUACCGCGAUGGAGGCUCACGUCGAUCAAGCCGCAAACGCAACUGUGGAAAAUCCAGUCUUCUUCGAUGUACCAAUCAUCUUGAGAGCUAUCGUGCUCUGUCUUCUCAUACUCAUCACUAUUGUAGGGAAUUUGUUCGUGAUAGCGGCUAUUCUGUUAGAGCGAAACUUACAAUCUGUAGCAAAUUAUUUAAUUGUCAGUUUAGCUGUCGCGGAUCUUAUGGUCGCCUGCCUCGUAAUGCCUCUCGGAGCUGUUUAUGAGAUAAACUCGGGAUGGUCACUCGGUCCGGAGCUCUGCGACAUGUGGACUAGCAGCGACGUUCUGUGCUGCACAGCCUCGAUAUUGCAUCUGGUGGCUAUCGCGGUCGACAGAUAUUGGGCAGUCACCGAUAUCAAUUAUAUACAGGCAAGGAAUCCGAGAAGAAUCGGCAUCCUGAUCAUCACCGUGUGGGUGGUAUCCUUAGGAAUCUCAUUAGCGCCUCAGCUCGGAUGGAAGGAUCCUGAUUAUUUGGUCCGCAUAGCCCAAGGGACGUGUCUCGUGUCGCAGGAUCCUGCAUAUCAGAUUUUCGCAACUUGCGCGACGUUUUAUGUCCCACUUCUAGUUAUUUUAUUCCUGUAUUGGAGGAUAUUCCAAGCGGCGCGAAAAAGGAUUAGGAAGAGGCCUGGCACUAUUCUUCAACCGCCGCGUGAACGAAGAGGCAUCCUCAGGCUCGUCACGAGAAGGCCGCGCGAGGAGUCGACGGCGUUCACCAUCACGAGAACUACGCCAGACCACUCGUCCAUUUCGCCGGAGAAGUCAUCGUCAUACAACGGCGCGAAUGCCACACCAUCGACGACGGUAACACCGACGGCGAUCUCGACGACGACGACCACCACCACCACGACGACGUUGACAAAUCCGACCAGCACGAGCCAGCAGCCGGUAGUCAAGUGCACGAAGCGCACACGCGAGACGAUCGAGUCGAAGCGCGAACGUAAGGCAGCGAAGACCCUGGCGAUCAUCACCGGUGCCUUCGUCGCCUGCUGGUUACCGUUCUUUUUCACCACGCUGCUGCAAGCCACAUGCCAGACUUGUAAGCCACCCGAAGUCGUGUCCAGUGUGUUCCUAUGGCUCGGAUACUUCAACAGCACCCUCAACCCCGUAAUUUACACUGUGUUCUCGCCGGAAUUUCGGCAGGCAUUCAAAAGGAUGCUGUGCGGUGGUACACGGGGACUUCGCUGACAGUGGAUUUAAUUCCUUUGCUCCGUGCGCGCGACCGGAUAAAGAGGCUACGUGAAACUUUUGUAUAUGUAUAUAUAUAUAUAUAUAUAUAUAUAUGCACUCGCUUGCUAUCCAGCGGUUUCCUCGGUGUUGUGUAAUAUCUGGAUGCCCAACUCUAAGUAUUGUUAUAUUAAAUGAAUACUCGCGCGGUUUUCGCUGCGUAUUUUAGAUGCGAGAAUAUUGAGAGAAAUCAACAAUUAAUAUUAUAUUUAUU